AUGAAUAUUAAAAUAGAUUUUGACCUUCACUAUUUUAAGGAAUGUUGUUAUCGACGAUGGGGUUUUCGAUUUCGACCAGGGCCACUGAGCAGUAGAAUUCCUGAGGCCGGAUCGGUAUUGUCUGCAAAUCCCUUUUUUCAACCAAUAGAUUAUUAUCAAGAUAACUCGAGAGCAAAAGAGGUAUGCUGCGCUUCGGGACACUGUGACUGGUAUUAUAAUUUACGGCCAAGACCGAGAUUUUGCCUCAGGUUGAUUCCAGUUCGAACGGCCUGGUUCUUUGGUGAUCCACAUAUAAACACGCUUGAUGGAGGAAAAUACACCUUUAAUGGAUAUGGUGAAUACACUAUGAUGAAGAUAGAUCAUAACGGAACGAAGUUUGACCUCCAGGCUCGUACAGAUUUGGCGACAAACGCAAAUGGAACAACAAUCAACGCAACAAUUUUCAGUGCUUUUGUUGCAAAGGAUCAAACUGGCUCUAUUGUGCAGGUGGAAAUGUCAAGAAAUAAAAAAAAUAUGUAUGUGCGAGGAAAUGGACGUGAUUUAACGUUAGAGUUUGAAAAUAAUCCUGACUACGUCUUUAGAACUGUGAACAUAUCCAUAUCCAUGGACAACGGAACUAUUGAAGCAUCGUUCAUUCAAAGCGCUAUAACAAUUAAAAUUAGUCUUGGUGUGAGAUUUCUGACAUCAGAAACAAUGGUGGACGAAAAAUACAGAGGAAAAGUCACAGGACUGAUGGGGAAUUUCGACGGUAAUACAACCAACGACUUUAUUCUUCCUAAUAGAACCACAUUAUAUGGCAGCAAUGUAGAUACAGAGAGGAAAAUCUAUAACAACUUUGGACAACUUUGGUCGAUAAAUGUCACAACGUCACUUUUUCAUUAUGAUACUGGAUUAACACACGACGAGUACUCGCAUCCUGAGUUUGUACCGUUCUUCAUAGAUGAAUUUCCAGAGGACAAAAGGAACAAAUCAAUAGAAGUUUGUGGUGGAGCAAAAGCCACUCAGGCUUGUAUUUUUGAUUUCCUUGCUACUGGAGAUCAAUCACUAGCCGAAGCAUCUGGUGCUGACGACGACACCUCGGCGACUGACACGGCUAGUUUAGGUUGCAUUUCUAACUACCGAAUACCCAAAACCUAA